AUGAUUCAGGCCGUCAUGGAGAACGACCUCAGUGAUCUCGCAGUUUCCUCCUGCGAUGACAAGAAGAGACUUCCUGAUUUGAUUUUGCAGUUCCUGGGUAAUCCACAGCAAGGCGCGGACUCUGUCGUGGAGGUGCGACUGAGCCCGGACGACUACGUCCUUGAAUUCGUUGAAGACGAUGGAAGUCACGAGUGUAUGCUCGGAAUAGCUGCCGACGACGCUGAAGACGAGAAUGUUUUCCUCCGAGGUUAUUAUACAGUCUUCGAUAGAGACAACCUGCAAAUUGGAUUUGCUCGUGCAAAGCACUAA